AGUCCCGACACAUAACAGCCUUCUACCGGAGCAGCGCGCGACUACCGGAGCCGUUAAAUCAGGAUACACGCACACACAUAUACAUUUAUAAACUACGGACAUGUCGGCCAACAAGGCGAGCGACGGCGGCUGGAAGACGUUCGUGUGGAACUCGGAGAAGAAAGAGUUCCUGGGGCGAACCGGCAGCAGUUGGUUUAAGAUCUUCCUGUUCUACGUGAUCUUCUACGGCUGCCUGGCGGGGAUCUUCAUCGGGACCAUCCAGGCUCUGCUGCUCACGCUCAGCAACUACAAGCCCACCUACCAGGACCGGGUGGCCCCCCCAGGCCUGUCUCACACCCCUCGCUCCCUGAAGUCAGAGAUCUCCUUCAGCCUGUCUGACCCCUCCUCCUACAAGAAGUACACGGACUCUGUGGACAGCUUCCUGGCUCAGUACGACGAGCCGAGGCAGGCGGACCAGAUGAAGUUUGAGGACUGUGGAGACUCCCCCAUGUCCUACACGGACCGCGGCAGCCUGGACAGCGACCAGGGCCAGAGGAAGGCGUGCCGCUUCCCCCGCUCGCUGCUCGCCGGCUGCUCCGGGGAGGGCGACGCCCACUACGGCUUCAAGGACGGGAAGCCGUGCAUCAUCGUCAAGCUCAACCGCAUCGUCAACUUCAGGCCCAAGGCUCCCACUGACAACCAGACGCUCCCUGAGGCCCUGCAGAGCAGCGCCCAGCCCAACCUCAUCCCCAUCUUCUGCAAGAACAAGAGAGACGAGGACGCGGACAAGAUCGGGGGGAUCAAGUACUUCGGCCUGGGCGCCGGCUUCCCCCUGCAGUACUACCCGUACUACGGCAAGCUGCUGCAGCCGCAGUACCUGCAGCCGCUGCUCGCCAUCCAGUUCACCAACCUGAGCCGCGACGCAGAGCUGCGCAUCGAGUGCAAGGUGUACGGCGACAACAUCGGCUACAGCGACAAGGACCGCUACCAGGGCCGCUUCGACGUCAAGUUCACCAUCGCCUCGUGACCUCCUGACCCCACGUAGAGCCCAGAGAUCACACGAGUCUCUGAACAUUCAUGACAUACAGGACCCACACUUCAUGUGCUUCAACGCUUCUCUGUGUGUGUGUCCAGCUUAGGAUGUAAACAAGAGUAGCAAGAGCCAAUAUGUAUUCUCCUGUCCUUGUUCAUCUAUGACUGUAACUGCCUGUAGCUCCGCCUCCUGUCGUCCUGCUGUGACGUGCUUCAGUGGUCCAAGGUGUGUGUGUGUGUGCUAACUGAAUACUAGCAUGGUACUCGUUCCUGUUCCAGACUGUUCCGUGUUUCUUCUUCUCUGGUAGCGUAGAGCUUGUGGGUCGUCUCCAUGGAGACAAACUUACUAUUGAAUGUUUUAACCAUUUUCAUGGUGGAAGAAUUUUAUAUUUAUGCAGUUGUACAUUUUGUUCAAAGUGUAUGAAUCCAAAACCAAAGCUGGUCACUAAGGUAAAAAAGAAGCAUCCGAGGUCCGUGUCGUCUCUGAGAUCUACUGCAUAAGAAACAAUAAACAAGUCAACUGUC